AGAACAAGAUGAGGUCUUCAAAUCUCUACUUCAUUUUCUUGCCUUUCAAAAUACAUAUUUGCAUUUAAUUCAUGUCUCCUUCAGAGCUGAGGAAUUUAUGAAGGCUUUACCCAGGACGGUGAAAGCUGCAGACCCUCAGCUCCCAAAAAUGAGGAGAAAAAGAAGAAAAGCCUAUAGAAAAUGGAAACUCUUGAAUCCCACAAUAUGUGAACCUCAGCCUGCUAAUCAAGCAUGCCAAAAAAAAUGUAAAAGGUCUGGAAAAGGUCAAAGGAGACACCUCAGAGGCUGUGUCUCAUCAAACUAGGACAUUAGGGAAAUCUAAGGGAAACGGAGAUGAGCGUACAUCUGCUUCUAUGAACGGAAAGCACAAUUCCUCUUUUCUCCCUAAAGAUAAGAAGCAACCUCCCUCGGACAGCAAAAGAAGUAGGGAAAAGGAAAAUGAUUAUUCUUCUCCAUCCAUUUCUCAUCAACUAAAGAAAGUCUUACCAGCGAUCAUGUUUAAUGACUGUGAAGGAUCAUUAUCAGGAAAAAUUACUCCACAGGAUUUCCCAAACACAGUGGAAGACUCUCAACAAGAAAAAGGCAAAAUUAUUACAGAAGUAAAAUAUGGGGAUUUUAAUAUUCAAGUGGCAAACAAGAACAGGUUUUUCUCUAAAACAGAAAUACAGUUCCCAACGAAAAAGAGAUGUCCCAAAUGUCACCAGUGUUACUCCGUCAGACAUAUUCCAAGACGUUACUCUUCUAGAAGCUGCUCUUAUAAGUACAGGAAUAUAUCGAUAGAAGAAAUAAAAUCAGAGGCUCCAUCUAAAUAUGAAGGAGAAGCCGCCAGAACUGAGAGCUCCUCACUGGAAGUCAGCAUUGUAGGGAAUGGAAUUAAAGUUAAAUACACGAGUAAGAAACAGAAUAUAAUAAUUAAUAUCACUCAUCCUAAAAGAAGGGGGAAGACAGCUAAAUCCAGAAACGUUUCCUCCGAUCACACCACUAAAGAACCUCCCAGGUCCUCUGCACAGCCUGGAGCCAGGCUGCCUGGAAAGGGGCGGCUUGGAAACAAGCAUCGGAGCCCGGAUCCUUUGCCCGCCUCUCCUCCUGCUCUGUCUGCGGUCCAGGGGGAGGUGAAUCCCGACACAGCUGUGGUUUCUCUGUGCUCAGCCCCCGAGAGGAAGAAUAAGCCUGACAGGCUAUUUUCAGUCUUAGAUGGCAAGUUAGAACCUGCCCUCUCUCAGCAGAAGGACUCUAAAAUUAACUGGAACACCUCACAAAAGAAACAGUUCUUUGAAGCUGAGGCUCUUCUCAGAGAUGUUUUUCCUACUUCACAUGAUGCCCUAAAGACCACAAGUUUAAGUAACGCAGACUUCAGGAAAAUGCCUUUUGAGGAUAGAAAAGUCAACUUCGAUAUCCCAGAAAACAUCACAGCAGACUCAGACAGGCAGCAAAGCACGGGAGGGAGAAAUUAUUUGCCAAGCACCAUCACUAACAUCUCUCCAGCCCAACGUGGCCAAGACUCUGGCUUUUAUUCCUCAUCGUCUCUGAAUGGGAAGCACACAGGAGCAAAGGCAGCCAGCAUUUAUGGCAAAGGCAGCAAAAUUCCACCUGCAGACGACGGUGAGAACUCAAACUGCAAAUCUUCCCCUCCCAGUCAAAAUACUGUGAAGCCGUCCAUUCCAUCCCAUCCACCCGCCGGGGCCAGCGGACGUUCAGAACCUAAGGAACCCCCUGGGCAUGCAUUUCCCUUUGGUCUCGGUGCUGAGUGUGUGGCAGGCUAUGCGGAAGAGCACGGUGAGGGGACUGGCAGAGACUUCACAACAGCCACUUCACACAGCGACUCUCAUACACACAUGCAGCAACUACUGGAGACGAAGAGUGCUCAGUGUCCACGUCUCAGCCGCGCGUCCUCUGGAGGGCUUGCUGCUGGGGGCCCACUCAACAGCAGUAGCCACAGCUCUGUGGAAUGGAGUCAAACAGGGUCCCAGGCAAGUCAUGCAGAGAUGGCAGCCCCCAGCAACACAGAAGUGUCAGCCGUGACCUCAAUAACUGAUGAGUUAGAGCAAAGAUUAAUUAUUCAAAAUGAUAAAGAAAGCAUGGUUGCUUCUAAUUGCCCCAUGGGAAUAAAACACCUUAAAGAGUCACCCAGCUUUGGGGGAAAUGUUGAAAAAGACGAGCUCCUCAUAAGGCCAGUGAUAAAGACUACACGCCACAGAGAAUUUGAAGACCUAUCAAAUGAGAAUCAUGGUGGAGCCUGUUUUCAAAUGAAAUUUCCACCGGACGCUGCUGAGUUCAACCCUGCAGUGUGUGCUGCAGAUAAUCUGUUUCUUAUUGAGAAACCACUGACCAGUGAUGCAGACCAAUACAGUAAGCAAGAUGAAAUAACCCUGGGACUAACCAGCUUUACACAGGAGGCAGCAGAGUGCCAAAGCAUUGCAUCCAUGAGGCCAAAUGCUGAAGGAGAUAAAAAGGAAACUUACUAUCACCAAAUGGACAUACUGCGUUUCCCUCAGAAACAGAAGGCUUUGAAAGAUUGGAAUUUGCAAAUAAAUAGCCUCCUCAAGUUACCCCAGGAAUUACCUCCAAGAGGAACAAGGGCCAGUGAUGGUUCCCAGGAGGAAGCAAUAGACCAGUGGACCCGGAGGAGGCAGCAAUUCAAAGAUGGCAAAAGCAGCAGCUCAGCCGGGAGAAGUUCAUUCGCCAGCAACAUCACGGAAGGAUCCAUCAUCUCAGAAGACAGCCAUUCUGUGGACCUUGGCUUUCGAGUUGAUAUUGAGGAAAAAGGUUUCUACACGGAGAUUUUCCAUUCAGCAGCCUGGGUUUUUCGAGGGGAUGAUGGGAACCCUGAGGACAGCCCCAGAUGCCUUAGUAAAAAACCCCGACCUGCAGCUGUUCGAGAGCGAACCCUAAGGCUCUUCAAAGGAACUGAUGAUUGUCCCUGGGGCUUCCAAAUUCAAUUCUCCAAACCAAUCGUGGUAACAGAAGUGGAUGCUAACCGCGCUGCUGAGGAAGCUGGGCUGCAGAUCGGAGACGUGGUGCUGGCUGUCAAUGGCACCGAGGUCACCAGUGCGGAGCACGCAGAAGCUGUGCACCUUGCGAGGAAAGGCCCAGACAUCUUGACUCUGGUGGUGGGAUCUGACAACAGCCGCUGCCCCAAUACCCCUCGGCCCACCUGCCGCGGCUACUUCCAUAAGAGGACUCACUCUGGCUUCGUGAAGGGCUGGAGGAAGAGGUGGUUUGUGCAGAAGCAUGACGGCUGCAUCCACUAUUACAGACAUAAGAAGGAAGAAAGGAAAUGCCCCCCUCUAGAGGUAAUAAAAUUAGAGGGUGCAGAAGUCGACAUUGACAGCAGUUUGGGAAAACCAUUUGUGUUUAACUGUGUGCCGCAGUCUGGAAAUAGAACUUUUUGCCUCUGUGCAACCUCAAACCAAGAAAUGAAAAGGUGGUUUGAGGCAAUGCACAAAGCGGCCCAUCCUGUCCGCCAGAACCAUGUCUGGGAAGAUGUUACUCUGCACAACAGUAGCCUCCCACCCCUGGCUAUCAAGAACCCGGAGUGCCUGGGCCUUCUGCACCAACUGGACAGAAGCACGGACAUGUGGGCCCAGCGCUACUGCAUUCUGAAGGACGGCUGCUUGUACCUCUACGCCAGCAUUCGCGCCACCCAGGCCUCAGGUGGCCUAUAUCUACAAGGAUAUAGGGUCAAUGAGCAGACCCUUAGCUUCAAGCAAUCAAUAAUUGAACUCAAACCUCCAUCUGAAGAAUUCAAGACUUUCUAUUUCUGUGCGGAAAAUAAAACAGAAAACCAACGCUGGAUUACAGCUCUGAAAAUGUCUAUCAAGAAAUGGCUUCCUUUGCAUCAGGCUAUUCAAGACUUCAUCAAUCGACCCCUAGAGGAGACCAGAAUGUAAAAAGAAUCCUAAUCUUAAGAGAAAACAUCCACAAAAUCAUCACCAGCUAGUUGUGGGGAUAAACAAAAACAUUUCUCAUUAUAUAGUUUUUCAAAUGAAUGUUUCUCCAAUAUAGUAAAACUUUGUGAUAAGAUUAUAGUUUUGUUUUUUUAAUUAAAGCACCAAAAUCGAUGUGAUAUUCAAAUAAUCCAACUUCCGUCAACAUCAUUAAUCCCCCUUCAUGUUUUUCCCCCUAAGGCUGUACAUGCUGGCAUCAAAAUAUACUAUGCCCUAUCCACCCUCCCCCCCCCGACCCCCGUCUUUUGAAAACGUAAAUACAAUAAAGUUGAUUUAUUUUA